AUACUAGACUAGUAUAACACAUAAACUACCUCUCACUUUUAUUUUCUGAAUGAAUGACUCUCCUGCUGCAUUACUCUCAGUGUCGUCAGACCUAGUGGGACAAGAGAUGAAGCAGGAAUUAAGCAGCAGCUGUCCCACCCCUGGAUGUGAUGGCAAAGGCCACGUCAGUGGGAGAUACUCACGACAUAGAAGUGUGCUGGGAUGCCCGAUUGUGAAGAAAAGGAAGCUGGAGGAGGCUGAGGCAGAGGAGAACCAGUCUGCUCCCAAGAGGAAAAACCAGCCUGCUAAACAGCUGGUGGAUGGUUUCACCGUAGACAGUGACUCAGCAGAGGAGGAGGAAGAGGAGGAAGAGGAGGAGGAAGAAGACAGGAAAAAAAAUAAAACAAAAAUCAGGCCAGAAGCAACAAAAGCAGACUGUUCACUGGUGACAACAGAGGACACAGAAACAGCAGUUUGUUCUGUGGCUGAAGACAGAAAGAAUGAAAGUAUCACCACGGGUACUGAGAAUGAAACUGAAAGUGAGGAAGGUGAGGAAGUGAAGCCAGUAAAAGUAAUUGAUAAUCAUCAGCAAGAGGAAACAAAGACAAAGAACGAAGAAGAAGUUCAGCUGGUCACAACAGACCAGGCAUCGGAGCAAGCCGAAGAAGAAACUGGGGUCACUGAGCUUAAAGACACAGAAGAAGAUGGUGAAGAAGAAAAGAACAAGGAAGAGCAACAAGUAAGGCAAGAGAAUAUUGUUGGAGAAAGGGAGCUGGACAGACAGAUGAUACACCAGGAAAACUCUGAUCACCAGUACUCCAGUGGAGAUUACAACCAUCAGGCCAAAGAGGAGCAGAGCGAGAGGGAGCAACAGGGGGAGGGGGAAGGGGAGGACGAGGAGGAGGAGGAAGCGGAGGAUGAAGAGGAGGAGGAGGAAGAAGAGAGAGAGGUCCACCAAGAGGAUGAAACUCCCUACAUUUUGAAUCCACACACUCAGGGAUCCGAAGCCAAGGUGUCACUCAGGGAAGAAAGGGUCUGCACCCCGAUGACUGAAGAAGAGGAAGAAGACGAAGAGCAGGAGGAGGAGGAGGAGAGAGGGGAGGAGGACGAGAGGCAGGGCAAAGAAGCAGGCCAGGUGGUGGAGGAGGAAGAGGAUGACCAAGACUCCAGCAAAGCCUCUCCAACUACAGUAGUUAUAGAAGUCCGCUCUGAGGAGGAGGAGGAGGAGGAGGAUGAGGAGGAGGAGGAGGAGGACGAGGAGGAGGAAGAAGAAGAGGAGGGGGAAGAGCAGGAUCGUGUCUCAGAGGGAUCAGGAAUCACAGAUGACUCAGAGAACUGGGAUAUGACUCGGGGGAACCUGGGGCUGCUAGAGCAGGCCAUUGCCCUGAAGGCAGAGGAGGUGAAGGGGAGUCAGGAGGCCCAGAGCUCCCCAGACUACCAUCCAUACAGCACAUCCAGCAAGUGCUCCCAGCCUGCUGCUGCAGCCCGCCGCACCACUCACUACAGCAAAGAAAAAAAGGAAGUGAAGUGUCCAACUCCAGGGUGUGAUGGGACAGGUCAUGUGACUGGACUGUACCCUCACCAUCGCAGUCUAUCUGGUUGUCCUCACAAAGACAGAAUCCCUCCUGAGAUCCUGGCCAUGCAUGAGAACGUCUUGAAGUGUCCGACUCCUGGCUGCACAGGCCAAGGCCAUGUCAACAGUAACCGCAACACACACCGCAGUCUGUCUGGCUGCCCCAUCGCAGCUGCAGCUAAGCUGAACAAAAAUCAGGACAAGCAGGUUCAUUUGCAGGCAUCAGCAAGUGAACCCUCUUCCAACUCUGACAGAGUGCUCAGGCCCAUGUGUUUUGUGAAACAGCUGGAGAUCCCUCAGUAUGGCAGCUACCGGCCCAACACAGUGACCACCACGCCUCGAGCUAACCUGGCUAAGGAGCUGGAGAAAUACUCCAAGGUGUCUUUUGACUAUGCAAGCUUUGAUGUCCAGGUGUUUGGAAAGCGUAUGCUCAUUCCAAAAACACCCAACAGCACUGAAACAUCACCUAAAGCCUUCAAAUCUAAAUCAUUCCCUAAGGCCUCCUCCCCCAGUCACAGUGUGUCAGGAAGCUUUUCCAAGACCUCUUCAUCCUCCAGUGGUUAUGACUACAGCCAAGAUGCAGAGGCAGCCCACAUGGCAGCAACAGCCAUCCUCAACCUGUCCACCCGCUGCUGGGAGAGACCAGAGACCCUCAGCACCAAGCCCAGGGAACCCUGCACCAAGGAAUCAGACAUUGAAGUAGAUGAGAAUGGCACCUUGGAUCUCAGCAUGAAGAAGACCAAGAGGGAGGGCAUGCAGCCUCCAGAGCCUUCCUCAUCUUCAUCCUCUCAACACAUCGGAGCCACCUUGUCUCAGGGCCAGACUCAGUCAGAGUGGGAGGGGCCACUUGAUUUCACCAAACCAAGUGGAGUCAAGGAGGAAGACCACGAAGAGGUGGAGUAUACAGCUCCCUCUUACACCUCAUCUGAUGGUGAGGAAGAGGACCAGGAGAACCUGGAGGACAGGAAGUACCCCGGUGAGGUCACCACUACUAGCUUCAAGGUCAAGUUUCAGCCCAAAGACAGCAAAAAAGAAGUUCUUGUAUGUCCUACUCCGGGCUGUGAUGGCAGUGGACACAUAACUGGCAACUACGCAUCACAUCGAAGUCUGUCAGGCUGUCCUCUUGCUGAUAAAUCACUUCGGACCCUCAUGGCUGCCCACACAGCUGAACUAAAGUGUCCAACGCCAGGUUGUGAUGGAUCAGGCCACAUCACUGGAAACUAUGCUUCACAUAGAAGUCUAUCCGGAUGCCCUCGAGCCAAGAAAGGUGGGGUCAAAUCAACCCCCACCAAGGAUGACAAGGAAGACUCUGAGCUGUUGAGGUGUCCAGUUCCUGGCUGCGACAGUCUGGGUCACAUCAGUGGGAAGUACGCCACCCACCGCAGUGCCUACGGGUGUCCACUGGCAGCGCGCCGACAGAAGGAAGGUCUUCUUAAUGGCACGCCCUUCUCCUGGAAGGCUUUCAAGACUGAAGGUCCGACCUGCCCAACGCCAGGCUGUGACGGCUCUGGACACGCAAAUGGAAGCUUCCUGACACACCGCAGUCUCUCAGGAUGUCCCAGAGCAUCGGCAAAUAAGAAGAGGGCCAAGUUCCCUGGAGAUGAAUAUAUCACUGCAAAGUUCAGAGCCAGUGAUGUUCUGGACAACGAUGAGGACAUCAAGCAGCUCAACAAAGAGAUCAACGAGCUGAAUGAGUCCAACUCAGAGAUGGAGGCCGACAUGAUGAACUUGCACACUCAGAUCUCUUCAAUGGAGAAGAACCUGAAGAGCAUGGAAGAGGAGAACAAACAGAUCGAGGAGAGGAAUGAGGCCCUGUUCCUGGAACUAUCUGGUCUGAGUCAGGCCCUGAUCCGCAGCCUGGCCAACAUCCGCCUGCCCGCCAUGCAGGAGCCACUGUCAGAGCAGAACUUCGACAGAUACGUGGAAACCCUGACCAACAUGUUUACCAAUAAAGACUGCUACCAGAACCCUGAGAAUCGGGCUCUGCUCGAGUCCAUCAACCAGGCGGUGAAGGGCAUCGAGGUGUGAUGGACGGGAGGACAGGAGGCGGGGCGCCACGAAGACGACGUCAGUCUUUCUUUCCAGGCCCUUUAGAUAAUGUAUAUAAUUAAUUCUUCUCAUUUGGAACUUCGUCAUCUGUUCUUUACAUUUGUUUGCUCUUUGCAUGUUGCUUUAUGAUGGUAUGAGUGUGAACAGAUUAGGGUAUGGAUGUAAAGUGUGUCGUAGCACACUGGAAUGAUAUUGUUACUGUAAGCAAGGGCAUCUCAGUGUAUACACAGAAAGACACAGUAGUAGUAUACAGCCUGAGCUGAGCAGAUUCUCUUAGUGAACAUAUCCCACCUCCACUCAAUAAUGUUAAUAGUAUUCUAUAUGAGCAUAGUGAUGUUGCACAUCCAGGACUAGUUUGUAGCUUCAUUCUUACUAUUGCUGUGUAACUAUUUAAGUCUUACAAAUGUUGGUUUAAAGGCAACUUAUUUAUUCAUGUCUGCUGUAUUAUUUUUAUGUUGGCCUAUUUAUUAUUCAUUAUCUAUUUAUUAACUUUUUUAAUUUAAAAAUGCUACCUGAGAUGAUUUUAAAUGGUAACCAAGGAAAGGGAAUCAUUUCCUCUGCAUUGAACAAUGAGGAAAUAUUUUAAGAUAUCAACUAUGAAUUGUUUUAUAUAGCUUAUUAUUUAUUUAAAAUACUGGGAUCUUUUUAAGUGCAAAUAUUUUGUAACUGAAAGUUUUUAAAUAAUUUUCUAAAAAUUUUUUUGGUGCUUCUGUUUACAUGAUUUUCCUUUUUAUUUUCACAAACUAUUUUGAGUACACUGUAGUACACUGGAAGUAUUGAGCAGCACAUAUUUGGUAUUUAUUUGACAAUGAAGAACAAAGUGAUUGUGGAUAUUUAUUUUGUAUUGUCUGUGUGUUAAUGAUGGCUGUGUAUGGAUUAGUCUUUAAUUUGCUCUUGAAAUAAAAGUUAACCCGCUGUAAAUCUGGAGUGGCUCUCAUACUG